AUGGGAAUUGAUAGUCGGUACAAUGAAGGAUGCCGGGAACUGGCUAACUAUCUCCUCUUCGGCUUGUAUAGCCAGAACAACAAUGAGUUUGAGAGAUCAGGAUUCCCUGAAGAAGUCCUCGACGAUGUGAUCCUGCUGGUGAAGCCGGACAGCGUCCAUCUGUACUGCAACCCUGUCAAUUACAACUACCUGCUGCCCUACGUGGCGUUUUGGAGAAACCUGCAUUUCCACUGCUUGACGGAAACGGAGUACGAAGAUGAAGAGUCGGCUGAAGAAUUUAAAAUUUCCAGUUUUGUGGAUAUGGUUCGAGAUUGCAGUCGGAUUGGCAUUCCCUUCAGCUCCCAAGGCCACCUGCAGAUCUUCGACAUGUUUGUGGUGGAAAAAUGGCCUAUCGUGCAAGCUUUUGCCCUGGAAGGCAUCGGCGGGGACGGCUUCUUCACCAUGAAAUACGAGCUGAUGGACGUCAGUCUGGAUCUCUGGAAGGCCUACAGUAAAGUGGAUCCCAUUUCUUUGGAGAGCUUACUUGACGAGGAGUUGAUGACUUUUGAACAUCAAUGGACCAACUUCUUUGCCAAUUUUGACACUGAAAUCCCUUUCAUGCUGGAACUCUCAGAAUCUCAGACAGGAGAGCCAUUCCGAAGUUACUUCAGCCACGGUCUGAUUUCAAGCCAUAUAACAGAUAACAGCCCCAGCAGGCAGCCGUUUGCACUUUUUGGCACCCACUCGUCCAGAGAAAACCUGAAUUCGGGCAAUUUCAGCUUCCCCUCGGAAGGGCACCUGCUUCGCAAUACGGGCCUGGCUGGCAGCAUCGCCAAACACAUGGUGGUGCAGUGUGUCUCCCCCAAGGGACCCCUGGCUUGUUCCAGGACCUAUUUCUUCGGCGCCACUCACACUCCUUACCUCGGAAGUGACGAUGGAUUGGAAAAGAAAACAGAAGAAGUCAAACUCUUAUCUCAGAUCUAUUUUGCUGUGGUGGAGGCUGUCCUGGCUGGUAUAGACAUUUUCUCCAAAACGUCGCACGUUACAAAGGCGAAAGAAGUAGCGGAGAAAGUCUUUUUCAAUAUGCUUGAGGCCUUUCAACUGUCAUGCUUUAAAACUCCGCUACGCACCAAGAUAGAUUUCUGGAUUCAAGCUGUGAACAACCAUGGGAGAAAGAAAAAGAGGACCGGGGAAGCAUCAGAAAGGACCCUUCCUAGUUUUCUGGAAAGCAAAAAACGGGAGACGGAUUCCACCAGUGUGGUUGCUGCGCUUUUUAUAGAAUACAAGGCUUCCCUGCUUCCUCAUUUGCCAGUCCAGCUGCACACCCCAAACAACCUCCUGAUGAUUGCGGUUUUCCCAAAGUCAGCCCUUUAUAAAGCUUUCUAUUCCCAGGUCUUUUCCGCCUGGCAACAACCGGGAAAUUCGGGAGUAACGUUAAAAACGAUCCAGGACGAUGGCCUGUCUGCAGAACAGGAGAGAUUACAUUCCAACAUGCAAAAGCUCUUUGAAGUCUUAUCCUAUCCUGCUGGAGAACGAUGGAACCAAGUAAGACUGCUUAGCAGCCUCCCAGAUCUGGCCAGUUUUCUACAGCACUUUACUAUCAGUAGCGUCAGCCAAGAACCAGUGAUGAGGUUCCAUCUGCCGGUGCUUUUGCAGCAGACUGAGGACAUUCCUAAUAAUGAGAAAGAGAAUGAUAAGGUGGUGAUUACCAUCUUGACAGGUCUUCCUGGGUGUCAAUCAAGUGAAUUAUGCUCAUUCUUGGUUACGUUUAACAAAGAAUAUGGAAGGUGGCUUGUUUAUCGCCAAACCAUGGACAGUCCUGAAUGCUUCAGUGCUGCCCACUUCCAGAAGUACCUCUCAGGGGUCCUUGAAUCUCAGCACAGCCGAAGCAGCCGGCCCUCUGCUUAUCACCGGAAGAAGAUGAGGCUGCUGGUGGUCCUUCAAGGAUACACCGACGUGAUUGACGUCGUCCAGGCCCUUCAGACUCACCCGGAUGCAGACGUGAAGGCCUCCUUUGUGAUUGGCGCAGUCACAACGUGUGUCGAGCCCCUCAGCUCUUACAUGGAACACAGGUUUCUCUUCCCCAAGUUUCUGGACCAGUGUUCGCAAGGUUUAGUGAGUAACGUGGUGUUCACAAGCCAUACAACCGAGCAGAGAAGCCCACUCCUUGUCCAGCUGCAGAAACUCAUCCGAGCUGCCAACUCUUCCGUUUCUUUUAUCCUGGCAGAAAACGGCAUCGUCACUCGGAAUGAGGACAUCGAGCUAAUUCUCUCAGAAAACAGCUUCUCUGGCCCUCAGAUGCUGGCAACUCGUUAUUUAAUGUACCCCGGCUGGUUUGAUGGGAAAUUUAGAGCCGGUUCUGUCUUCCCGCCCAUGGUCCAAAUUUGCGUGUGGUUUAACCGCCCUUUGGAGAAAAUGCGCUUUGCAGCCAAAUGUAAAGCUUUGAAGUCAUCUAACAAAUCGAGCCCGUUCUCUGGAAACAUAUACCACAUUUUUGGGAAAGUCAAGUUUUCAGAUUCUGACCGGAUGGUUGAAGUAUGUCACCACGCAUCUUCCAACACCUUAAACCUGGUACCUGUCCAGGAGGGGCCCCUCCCCUCCCCUCCUGAUUCCAGAACCGAGAACCGGGACUACCCCGGAUCUCAGGAAUGCUUCCUGGUGUUUGUGGGAUGCUCCCUCAAAGAAGACGACAUCAAAGACUGGCUGAGGCAAACGGCCAAACAGAAACCACAACGAAAAGCUCUGAAGACACGGGGCAUGUUGACAUCCCAGGAGAUCAAGAACAUUCACGUAAAAAGGCACCUCGAUCCACUUCCAGCUGGCUACUUCUACAACGGGACUCAGUUUGUGAAUUUCUUUGGCGACAAGAUGGAUUACCACCCACUAAUGGACCAGUUCAUGAACGAUUACUUGGAAGAGGCGAACCGAGAGAUUGAAAAGUACAACAGAGAGUUGGACGACCAAGAAUACCACGAUCUCUUCGAGCAGAAGACCUAAGCCGGGAUCCACCUGCGGUACAGAAAAAAAUCCCAGGGAUCUUCUUUACAUUCUGAAAAUUAAUUUGUCAGCAAGAAAACAUCGUUGUUUCAUCUUGGCUAGCUUUACAAAAGCUGGUUUAAAAAAAAAAAAUAUUUAAGUUGCAUUCACAUUAGCCUGGCACCUUAAAAUGUGAUAACGGUCCCAGUAAUAUUUGUGGGAUAUUUCCAAAUUCGUUGUCGAGUAAUCAUGGAAAAGCGAUGUAGGGGUAUACUAAGCUGUAUUUCCUGCAUCGUCGAGAUGGUCCUUCACGUUGCUUUUUUUUUUUUCUGACGUUUUUUUUCCCAAAACGCUUUUGCUUAGGUUUAAGUGACCGACAUAAUAGGGAUGCUUUAUUCCUGAGGGAAACGCAUCUGAAAAGGCCUGUGAUUUCGGGCCAUAACCCCAAAGCGAAAUGUAAAUGAUCUUAAGAGCUGCCCCAAACCGACAUAUCGUGGUUUGAAGAUGUUCCUAAAGCGAGAAAUGAAGGAACGUGCCUAUUUUUAAAGGCUGCUCCUAACCAACAUGGCGGUUUGGUGGUGUUCCCAAAGCGAGAAAUGGGGGAACACGAGUGAUCUUGACGGUGCCUCAAACCAACAUAUCAUGAUUUGAAGAUGUUCCUAAAAUGAAAAAUGUGGGAGCGCAAAUAAUCUUGACAGUGCCCCAAACCAACAUGUCGUGGUUUGAAGAUGUCCCUAAAACGAGAAUUGGGGGGGGGCAUACUUGUCCUUAGGGACUGCUGCUAACCAACAUCGUGGUUUGGUGAUGUUCCCAAAGCGAGAAAUGAGGGAACACAAGUGAUCCUGAUGGUGCCUCAAACCAACAUCUCAUGGUUUGAAGAUGUUCCCAAAACGGGAACUAAGGAGCCACAUCUGUUCCUAAGAGCUGCUACUAACCAACAUGGUGGUUUGAUGGUUUUCCCAAUGUGAGAAAUUGGAGAACACAAAUGAUGUUGACAGUGCCUCAAACUAACAUAUGAUGGUUUGAAGAUGUUCCCAAAAGCAAGAAAUGAGAGAAUACAAGUGAUCCUUAUGGUGCCUCAAACCAACAUCUCAUGGUUUGAAGAUGUUCCUAAAGCAAAAAAAUGGGAACAUAUUUGUUCUUAAGGACUGCUACUAACCAACAUGAUGGAUCUGGUGGUGUUCCCAAAGCGAGAAAUGAGAGAACACAAAUGGUCUUUAGAUCUGCUCCAGACCAAUAUUUGAGGGUUUGAAGAUGUUCCUAAAGUGAGAACUGAGGGAACAUAUAUGUCCCUAAGAGGUGCUACUAACCAACAUGGUUGUUUGAUGGUGUUCCCAAAGCGAGAAAUGGGGGAACACAAAUGAUUCUGACAGUGCCUCAAACCAACAUAUGAUGGGUUGAAGAUAUUCCCAAAGCGAGAAAUGGGGGAACACAAAUGAUCUUGACAGUGCCUCAAACCAACAUAUGAUGGGUUGAAGAUGUUCCCAAGCGAGAAAUGGGGGAACACAAAUGAUCCUGACAGUGCCUCAAACCAACAUAUGAUGGUUUGAAGAUGUUCCCAAAGUGAGAAAUGAGGGAACACUAAUGAUCUUGAUGGUGCCUCAAACCAACAAAUGAUGGUUUGAAGAUGUUCCUAAAGCAAAAAAACUGGGAACAUAUUUGUUCUUAAGGACUGCUACUAACCAACGUGAUGGUCUGGUGGUGUUCCCAAAGCGAGAAAUGAGAGAACACAAAUGAUCUUUAGAUCUGCUCCAGACCAACAUUUGAGGGUUUGAAGAUGUUCCUAAAGUGAGAACUGAGGAAACGCAACUGUCCUUAAGAGCUGCUACUAACCAAUAUGAUGGUCUGAUGGUGUUCCCAAAGCGAGAAAUGAGGGAACGCAAGUGAUCCUGACAGUGCCUCAAACCAACGUAUGAUGGUUUGAAGAUGUUCCCAAAGCGAGAAAUGAGGAAACACAAAUGAUCCCAGCGGUGCCUCAAACCAACAUAUGAUGGUUUGAAGAUAAUCCUAAAGUGAGAAAUGAAGGAACACAACUGUCCUUAAGAGCUGCUACUAACCAACAUGGUGUUGUUUUCAAAGCGAGAAAUGGGGGAACACGGUUAACAUUUGCUCCAAACCAACAUGUUGUGGUAUUUGAAGAUGUUCCCAAAGCGAGAAAUGGGGGGAACAUUCCUGUCCUUAAGGACAGCUACUUACCAACAUGGUGGCUUGGUGGUGUUCCUAAAGCGAGAUUUGAGGGAACACAAGUGAUCCUGACAGUGCCUCAAACCAACAUAUGAUGGUUUGAAGAUGUUCCCAAAGCGAGAAAUGGGGGAACACAAAUGAUCCCGGCAGUGCCUCAAACCAACAUAUGAUGGUUUGAAGAUAAUCCUAAAGUGAGAACUGAGGGAGCGAGCACAACUGUCCUUAAGAGCUGCUACUAACCAACAUGAUGGUCUGGUGUUCCCAAACCGAGAAGUGAUCUUGAGUGCCUCAAACCAACAUAUGAUGGUUUGAAGAUGUUCCUAAAGCGAGAAAUGGGGGAACAUGCCUCUUUUUAACCAGAUAUGGUAAUGACCAACAUGGUGGCUUGGUUGGUGUUCUUAAACCAAGAAACGGGCAAAUACUUUCGUUCCUAUGAACCACUGCUAACCAACAUGCAGUAAGAAAUAGGGGACAAAAACAUUUGAGGUUUUUGGGAGAUGUUCCUCAAGGGACAAACGAGGGGACAAAGCUGUUCUUAAGGACUACUACUAACCAACAUGGCAGCUUAGAUGACGUUCCUAAAACGAGAAAUGGAGGAACACUAAUAUUCCUAGGCAGCUGCCCCAAAUCCACAAGUAACAAUGUGACGAUAAGUACAAAAUAGAGUCUGUUUCUACAAUAAGCAGUGGAGAAGGUUUGCAUUCUUAAAGAAUGCUCAAAAUUAACACGUUCUAAUUUCUAAAUUGCUCUUAAAAGCAAAAACGGGGGGGGCGUAAAUAUUUUUGCGGGCUGCCCCCAAAAUAGCAUCUGCCUUUGAAUUAUUCCCCCCCCCCAAAGUAUUCCAUGAAGCUGCUUCUAAGCAACCCAGUGAGAUUGGCAGCCAGUGUCCUAAUUCUCGAUAACCCCCUUCUAAAGAAAUGCCAGCUACAUAUUAAAAUGCGGGCUGUGUUGUAACAAAAAAUGCGCCGAUCCAUUUCAGGCCGAGAAACGAUGCCUCAAAUGUUUUGCAAAGAAAAAAAUCCUCGGUGCCGUUUGAUAUUUACCUCUUAGGUCAAUUAAUUCAUUCUUCUUUUUUUUUUUUCCCCCUUGGAAAUAGAGGCCAGGUUGAUCUAGAACAGACAAGCUUUUGGAAUACUUUAUGGUGGCUUCUUAAUUUUUAGUUCCGUAGGACGUCUGCAAGGAAUACAGAGGUUUCCGUCAAACGGAAAGCUUGGCGGUUCCUGGUUAAAAUCCACGCGCGAAGCUUUCCAUGGGGUGCCUGAUGCCCCCCCCUUUUACAGACGAAUAGAGUGUCCUUAUGAGAAUUGUGAAUUUUAUCUAUGCAUGGUUGUAAGCUAGUUAAUUCUUCAGAUGUAACUGAUAGUGCCUGGUAGGAAUAACGUAGCUAGGAAUUGUUUAAGGAGGAGCAACGUGGCUGUCACAGGUGAAAAGACCAGGUGUUUUUUUGGGAGAUGGGAUGGUUGUCCUGCGGGUUUUAAGGUGAUUCUCACCAUUUCCCCCAGAAAAUGCAGGUUUUAGCACAAAAUGCAUUGCAAUUCCAGAUUUAUCCCGCCUGAAUUAUAUCUCUCCAAACCGGGACACAUCCAGAAAGGUGAAAUUAAUCCAAUGAGAGAUGGUGAUUCUGAAAACACCCUUCGGCUUCUCCAGCGCUUCCUAGGGAACGCCGGUGGAGAAUAUUUGCCCGUCCGGCCACAUUUACGGAAGGCUCCUGGGUUGUUGUUUUUUUUGCUUAGCAUAGUUUGUCUAAUGAUCCGCGAAGCCAUAUAGAUAUAUAUCUUAGAAAUAACCUUGUUGCUACCCAGCAUCUGGAAGUGGAGACAAAGGCAGCUUAUAAGCCUGGUUUGUCUCCGCUUCCGCGUUGGUAAGGAGAGUGAGUAGGUUUUAAGUGCAAUUGUUACGAAUGAAUUAGGUUUGUGACGUUAAAAGCUCUGCUGAACUCAAACGCACAGAAAAACAAAUUCUCCAAGGCUGUGUUUUUUCAAGCUUGGGGACUUGAAGAUGGGUGGGCUUCAACUCCCAGAAUCCCCUAGCCAGCAAAGCUGCGAUCUCACCUGCGAUCUCCGCUAUCGGUACUCCCGAACCGGUCUGAACCGGCCCGAACCGGCUGAAAACCACCACUGAUUAAACACAGUCUUUUGCCCACAUAAACCAUGUAGGUGUGAAGCCAACACAACAGCGUCCACCGUUAUGUCUGGCUGCUCCAAAAUUCACGCCCAUGAGUAGCUCGUGCACAGUGCUUUUCAGAACAGCUCUGCGGGACAGAAUGAGAGAUUUUUUUCAGGGUGCAGAAUAAGUUUCCUCCUCAUACGUCUCUGGGAGUCCCAUUGGCAAACCCUUUCUGUGUUGUGCGUUGCGUUAAGUCGCGCAAAAAAGCAAGCCGGCUUUUUGCGCAGCCGAGUCAGCCGUUUAGCAGAAGCUGGAAGCGAAGAUAAGGUAGAGAAGGAUGUAUUUUGUACUGCAUGCAGAAUAGAAGGAUAUUAAAACAAAAAUCACCGUAUUUUUAGAUUCAAGACCUUCCACCAUCUCGGUACUACGUGAAUAAUUCUCUCUUUUUGGGUAGGGAUAUUUUUAUUUUUAUUUUUGUCUCAUUACCUCAACUCGGUUGAUCUUGGAACUGUGAUUUACGAUUGUGGGGUUUUUUUCCCCCUAAACCGGGUAAGAUAGGGCGAGAAGGAAUUAAAUAGCCAAAAUAAUUUCUAAAACUGUGAUGACGAGGGUCCUGUCCGAGACAUACCAGUGCCUUUUUUUUUUGCGGCGCCGACGAAUAAAACGCCGACGAUCUGGACACCUGGAUGACGUCACGGCCCUUAAUUCUCGCCCCCUCUUUUGAAGGGGAGGAAAAAAAAAAACCAUUUGGUGGAAGGACUCUGAACUUAGCAAAGCAUAUUUAGCACAGAUAUAUAGUUAGGCUUUGUUUGGUGUUCUUUUAAAGAAUGAAAUCUCCAAACUCUUUGAGGACUGAAAUAAAUAAUAAACGGAGAAAUACUUGAUCCUGUCGGGAAUUUGAAGUCAUUGCCGGGGGGGGGGGUUCCCCCCCGUUAGGAAUUGCUUCAACAGACCGACAGCAUUUUUAUGAAGGGGGGAACUGAUUUUGUUUAUUUUAUUAUAUAUAUAUAGAGAGAGAGAAAUAUAUAUUUUAAGGGGAAGAGGAAUGGCAGGGCUGAUAGACCUUUAAUCGGGGAGGGGUGGCAAAGAAAAUUAGCCUGCUGUAGAAAAAAAAAACACACACACACAUACACAAACUGAAAAAGCGGCCCCUCUGGAGCCGCGAACACUCCCCCAUCCAAAGUGCCAUUACAGGCUUUCUCGGGUUACCGCGGCUCCCCGAGAUUUUUUGGGGUCCUUUCCGUCGGCGGAAAGGCCACAGUCGAGUCCUCAAGGAGUUUCCGUGCUUGCUGACUUCCCAUGUAGCCCGUUUUGUGUGAUGAUGUUUCCUAUCGACAUGAGGUUGAGUGUGGUCAGAAGUCGCUGAAGUUAUACGGGGAGGGUGGGGUGGGGGGGGUGGGCAGAUUGCAAACUUGAGAGAGAGCGGCACGCUUAUGGCCCCCCCAACUUUGCUGCUGGAAUAAAAACGGGGAAAACGUCUGGAGAAGGUUGACUCUGGGUCAGGCCUCCUCUGCCGUUCGUUACGGCGGACGGGGCAAGCUUUCCGCUGGAUGAAAUGACACCGAUGCUGCCAGGCAUUUGGGGUGACACCGGGGUACCUCCUCAAACACGGCUGUCAUCGUCACCUUCCAGACCCCGCUUCCUUUUUUUUUCGACCCAAGCCCCCUUUCUAUUUUCAGCAGCAUCAAGUGGGGGGCCUUAAGCGCGCCCGAAAUUGUCUUCUUAAAAUUUUUUUAUUAUUAUUUUUCCUGAAUUUUGCACAGCCGAUAAGCUCUCGAAUCCCCUCCGGGUUGUUAGGGGAUUAGGGGAAGGAUAAGACAUAAAACUGUGAGUUUGUUAGAAACUGCAUUGCUAAAUCUACUUUUAGAAUGAUUAAAAACGUACCUCAGAAAACUAGUAAGAAACUGUCUUUGUGCCCUGUUGUGACCGACUCCGCUAACCGUUGUCUCUCUUUUUUCUUUUCUUUUUAACCCGGUGCCAAAAUGGAAAGUUUCAUACUAGUUUUCACCACGUUUGCAAGACUCUGUCAAAUGUGUUAUUUUUUACAAAAACUCUACUGUAACUUCAGUUAAACUGAAAAGGUGUGAUUGAAGCUUUUGGGCUUACCUGUAUUUAUUACCACAACUUGAUUCCGUAAAUAUAUAAAAGUACUUCUACCUUUAUUUUUGUAUUAUUUUACACGUUUAUACUGGCUGUUUGUGAUGAUUAUUAUUUUUUACACCUGUAACUUGGAUGCGAUUCUAAAACCCAAUAAAUUAUAUUCAUCCAGUCAGAUGAAA